AUGUCAUGUCUGACAUGCAAAAGACGCAAGAAACAAUGCGAUGAUAAACGCCCUCGCUGUACAACGUGCAAGGCAUCCCACAUCCGCUGUACAUACGAGGGCCCUCCCUCUGUCUUGCAGUUUUAUCACGAGUUCCCAGAGUCCAAGGCUGUAGUUCGAACCGACAAUAAACCUGACGUUGAUCGUCUCCAGAAAACUCUAUUUCAGCCAGCCGUAAAUGGCGAACUGCAGCAGGCUUCAAGUGAAGACCUGUUUUCGGAAAUUUACUUAUCAUGGGACGACGAUUUCCCCAUGUUUAGUGAUUUCGAUUAUGGCACAUUUUCAGCGCCUGCCCCUGACAUUCAGAUGCCAGAAUUGCCACUUUUGUCAUCACAAGAGACAAAGGAUGCAACAUGCAUGACUGUUGAUGAUGCGGCUGGAAGUCGUAAUCCGAUAUCGGACACUCUCCAUGACCAGCCACCAGCCAAAAGGCCCCGAGAGUAUGAAUUACCCACACAUCUAUUGGCUCAUCAUUAUUCUAGAGAUUUAGCCGGGAGAUUCUCUUUCAAGCGUCGAGAUUGGACAUUUUACACAUACUUUCUUCACCGUUUUGGUCAAAGCCACCCUUGGGUUCUAUCUUCCAUCCUUGCAUGGACAUCGGCAAACCUUUUCUACACUGGGAAGACGAAAUCAUUGGAUGAAGCCUUACGACAUUACCAAGAAAGCUUACAAUCAAUGACAAGGAAAUAUGGUGUCGCUACUGCCAGUGACUCUGCCAUAGAUGGGGGCCAAAUCAUCGCCGAGAAUUCCUCUGACGACAUCGAUGCUCUGUUUGUAGCAUACUUCUUUUUAGCCCUUGUCGACGUUGUAAUGGCUCGUCCUGGCCCAUUACGGGACAACCUUCGCUUUAUUGCUGCCAUUAUAAGGAUUCCUGAUUUCAAAAAUAUGAUGACAGGCGUUCAGGCGCGGGUCACCUCCUGGUUCUGCAUUCUAGAUGCUAAGGCAUCGGCAAUACAGCCGGGAGAAGGUGCUGUGCUGGAGGCUAUGGGAGAUGAAGAAACUCUUGUCCAAGCACUACGACACUCAUCUACAACGCUCCAGCAAGCAUAUGCUAUCACGUAUCUAGACGAAGAGCGAACAGCAGAUGAAAAACAACUCCCACUUCUUGACCGAAUGCUACGCCUCAUGUGGCUUUUACAUCAGAUCACAAAAUCUAAACGAACCGACCAAAACAGUAGCGACGCUGAAGAUAUUCGAAUAAAGCUGAACUCAUAUCAUCUAGAAGUGGAGUCUGACAAUCAAUACGAAGGUAGAAGUCGAUCAACGUUUCUUGUCUUAUGCGCUCUUUACCAUGCUGUUGAAAUAUCCUUUUCACGGUGUUUCAAGCUAGGGGAACGGAGACAUGCUGCAAAUAAUCAUGCAGAGGAGAUAAUUUGUAUCUCUCAAAAGCUUCGAGCUAUGCUACCAGCUGGUUCGGCUUUACCUCCUCCUACCAAGAUUUGGCCUUUACCGCUUGUCAUGGCUGCAAUCGAAGUCGAAGACAUUAUCUAUCGAGAGUGGGCGGUGCAAGUACUCGGAACAUAUCAGCAAGUUGCAGGUGAUCACUAUGCUUGGGCCAAAAAAUUCGUUGAGACCGUCUGUGAGAAAGAAGACGGAGCUUCUCAGCGGCUGGAUUGGGCCAUAAUCCUGAAUAAUCUUAAGAAUGGACUGGUCAUAUGA